UACCGGUGUUGUUCCAAGUACAACCAGUGCUUCUCCAACUACAACUGCUGCUCCAACCACCACAGUCGCGCCAACAUCUACCAGUGCUUCUCCAACUACAAGCAUUGCGCCAACCAGCAUGAGCGCCGCACCAACUACAAGCACUGGUCCAACAACCACCAGUGCUUCUACACCCACCAUGAGCACCCCUCCAACCACCACAGUUCCUCCAACCACUAGUAGUACUUCUCCAACUACAACCGCUGCUGCAACCAGCACUAGCGCUGCUCCAACUACAAGCGCUGCUCCAACCAGCAUGAGCGCCGCAUCAACUAUUAGCACUGCUCCAACAACUACAAGCGCUUCUACAACCACCACUGCGGCUCCAACCACUACCGGUGCUGCUCCAACUACAAGCACUGCUUCAACCACUACAAUCGCUUCUACAACCACCACUGCUGCUCCAACCUCUACUGGUGCCGCUCCAACUACAAGCGCUGCUCCAACCACCACCAACGCUGGUCCAACCACUACCAGCGCUUCUACAACCACCACGAGCACCCCUCCAACCACAACUACUGCCGCACCAACCACAAUCUCCUCUCCAACCACCACGACUACUGCUCCAACCACCACAGUCACUCCAACCACUACCAGUGCUUCUCCACCUACAAGCACUGCUCCAACAACCACAAGUGCUUCUACAACCACCACAGUCACUCCAACCACUACCAGUGCUUCUCCAACUACAAGCACUGCUCCAACAACCACAAGUGCUUCUACAACCACCACAGUCACUCCUACCACUACCAGUGCUUCUCCAACUACAAGCACUGCUCCAACAACCACAAGGUCUUCUACAACCACCACUGCUGCUCCAACCACUACCGGUGCCGCUCCAACUACAAGCACUGCUCCAACCACUACAAGUGCUUCUACAACCACCACUGCUGCUCCAACCACUACUGGUGCCGCUCCAACUAUAAGCGCUGCUCUAACCACCAAAAGCGCUGCUCCAACAACCACCAGCGCUUCUACAACCACCACGAGCACCCCUCCAACCACAACUACUGCCGCACCAACCACAAUCUCCUCUCCAACCACCACAGUCACUCCAACCACUACCAGUGCUUCUCCAGCUACUAGCACUGCUCCAACCACUACAAGCGCUUCUGCAACCACCACUGCUGCUCCAACGACUACUGGUGCCGCUCCAACUACAAGCGCUGCUGCAACCAGCACUAGCGCUGCUCCAACUACAAGCGCUGCUCCAACCAGCAUGAGCGCCGCAUCAACUACUAGCACUGCUCCGACCACUAGAAGCGCUUCUACAACCACCACUGCUGCUCCAACCAGUACCAGUGCUGUUCCAAGUACAACCAGUGCUUUUACAACUACUAGCACUGCUCCAACAACUACAAGCGCUUCUACAACCACCACUGCUGCUCCAACCACUACCGGUGCCGCUCCAACUACAAGCACUGCUCCAACCACUACAAGCGCUUCUACAACCACCACUGCUGCUCCAACCACUACUGGUGCCGCUCCAACUACAAGCGCUGCUCCAACCACCACCAGCGCUGGUCCAACCACUACCAGCGCUUCUACAACCACCACGAGCACCCCUCCAACCACAACUACUGCCGCACCAACCACAAUCUCCUCUCCAACCACCACGACUACUGCUCCAACCACCACAGUCACUCCAACCACUACCAGUGCUUCUCCAACUACAAGCACUGCUCCAACCACUACAAGCGCUUCUACAACCACCACUGCUGCUCCAACCACUACUGGUGCCGCUCCAACUACAAGCGCUGCUGCAACCAGCACUAGCGCUGCUCCAACUACAAGCGCUACUCCAACCAGCACUAGCGCUGCUCCAACUACAAGCGCUGCUGCAACCAGCACUAGCGCUGCUCCAACUACAAGCGCUGCUCCAACCAGCAUGAGCGCCGCAUCAACUACUAGCACUGCUCCAACCACUACAAGCGCUUCUACAACCACCACUGCUGCUCCAACCACUACUGGUGCCGCUCCAACUACAAGCGCUGCUCCAACCACCACCAGCGCUUCUACAACCACCACGAGCACCCCUCCAACCACAACUACUGCCGCACCAACCACAAUCUCUUCUCCAACCACCACGACUACUGCUCCAACCACCACAGUCACUCCAACCACUACGAGCGCUUCUACAACCACCACGAGCACCCCUCCAACCACCACAGUUGCUCCAACCACUAGUAGUACUUCUCCAACUACAAGCGCUGCUCCAACCACCACCAGCGCUACUCCAACCACCACCAGCGCUUCUACAACCACCGCGAGCACCCCUCCAACCACAACUACUGCCGCACCAACCACAAUCUCCUCUCCAACCACCACGACUACUGCUCCAACCACCACAGUCACUCCAACCACUACGAGCGCUUCUACAACCACCACGAGCACCCCUCCAACCACCACAGUUGCUCCAACCACUAGUAGUACUUCUCCAACUACAAGCGCUGCUCCAACCAGCAAGAGCGCCACAUCAACUACAAGCACUGCUCCAACCACUACAAGCGCUUCUACAACCACCACUGCUGCUUCAACCAGUACCGGUGCUGUUCCAAGUACAACCAGUGCUUCUCCAACUACAACUGCUGCUCCAACCACCACAGUCGCGCCAACAUCUACCAGCGCUUCUCCAACUACAAGCGUUGCGCCAACCAGCAUGAGCGCCGCACCAACUACAAGCACUGGUCCAACAACCACCAGUGCUUCUACACCCACCAUGAGCACCCCUCCAACCACCACAGUUCCUCCAACCACUAGUAGUACUUCUCCAACUACAACCGCUGCUGCAACCAGCACUAGCGCUGCUCCAACUACAAGCGCUGCUCCAACCAGCAUGAGCGCCGCAUCAACUAUUAGCACUGCUCCAACAACUACAAGCGCUUCUACAACCACCACUGCUGCUCCAACCACUACCGGUGCCGCUCCAACUACAAGCACUGCUUCAACCACUACAAUCGCUUCUACAACCACCACUGCUGCUCCAACCUCUACUGGUGCCGCUCCAACUACAAGCGCUGCUCCAACCACCACCAGCGCUGGUCCAACCACUACCAGCGCUUCUACAACCACCACGAGCACCCCUCCAACCACAACUACUGCCGCACCAACCACAAUCUCCUCUCCAACCACCACGACUACUGCUCCAACCACCACAGUCACUCCAACCACUACCAGUGCUUCUCCACCUACAAGCACUGCUCCAACAACCACAAGUGCUUCUACAACCACCACAAGUGCUUCUACAACCACCACAGUCACUCCUACCACUACCAGUGCUUCUCCAACUACAAGCACUGCUCCAACAACCACAAGUGCUUCUACAACCACCACUGCUGCUCCAACCACUACCGGUGCCGCUCCAACUACAAGCACUGCUCCAACCACUACAAGCGCUUCUACAACCACCACUGCUGCUCCAACCACUACUGGUGCCGCUCCAACUACAAGCGCUGCUCCAACCACCACCAGCGCUGCUCCAACAACCACCAGCGCUUCUACAACCACCACGAGUACCCCUCCAACCACAACUACUGCCGCACCAACCACAAUCUCCUCUCCAACCACCACGACUACUGCUCCAACCACCACAGUUGCUCCAACCACUAGUAGAACUUCUCCAACUACAAGCGCUGCUCCAACCACCACCAGCGCUGCUCCAACCACCACCAGCGCUUCUACAACCACCACGAGCACCCCUCCAACCACAACUACUGCCGCACCAACCACAAUCUCCUCUCCAACCACCACGACUACUGCUCCAACCACCACAGUCACUCCAACCACUACCAGUGCUUCUCGAACUACAAGCACUGCUCCAACAACCACAAGCGCUUCUACAACCACCACUGCUGCUCCAACCACUACUGGUGCCGCUCCAACUACAAGCGCUGCUCCAACCACCACGAGCACCCCUCCAACCACAACUACUGCCGCACCAACCACAAUCUCCUCUCUAACCACCACGACUACUGCUCCAACCACAGUCACUCCAACCACUACCAGUGCUUCUCCAACUACAAGCGCUGCUCCAACCAGCACUAACGCCGCACCACCUAUAAGCACUGCUCCAACAACCACGAGCGCUUCUACAACCACCACGAGCACCCCUCGAACCACCAAAGUCACUCCAUUCACUAACAGUACUUCUCCAACUACACCCGAUGCUACAACCAGCACUAGCGCUGCUCCAACCAUAAGCACUACUCCAACCACCACUGCUUACAUCCAGUGCUUCUCCAACUACAACUGCUGCUCCAACCACCACAGUCGCGCCAACAUCUACCAGUGCUUCUCCAACUACAAGCGUUGCGCCAACCAGCAUGAGCGCCGCACCAACUACAAGCACUGGUCCAACAACCACCAGUGCUUCUACACCCACCAUGAGCACCCCUCCAACCACCACAGUUCCUCCAACCACUAG